CUGAGGAUGGCGCUUCUUAUGUCUGUUCUAACAGAGAGACCUGGUUCGAAAAUAUUUUAAUUUUCCGUUGCAAGCCCACAGAUCAUCCGCAGUGCCGUGUAACCCGCGGCUUUAAAGCUGGACAAUCUGAACUUUCUUUUCUUCUUUUUUGCAAUCUUCCAGCUGUCAAAGAACGUAUUUUUCUGAUUACGUAAGUUAUCUGUAGUUCGAGUUCAUGAAAUCCAGAACUGCUAGUUUCGCCAUUGCAAGAUUGAUAUGUACCCGAAAGCUAAUGCAUUAAUCAAACUUCAGUUCUUAGUCUCCACCUCGCAUCAAUUUCUCUCUACGGGAAAGAAUCGAGUUGUUAGAAGGGCCCUUUUUUGCACUACCACCACCUAUUCGACGUUAUGCCAGACCCAUGGCGAAACAGUUGCUGAGAGUAGUAAAGACUAUCCACAGGACGCUGCUGAAGUUCUUAAGGGAUCAGGCUGUAGCCAACCGCAGUUUGAAAUACUCGUAGAAGAAGGUGCUAAGGACUCCAUUGGAGUGCUGAAGCAAUGGGGUUGUAGCGAGGAUGACGUAUCCAAGUUAAUCUUACGUAGACCUUCAUUGCGCUGUGCUGAUGUUGUUCAGCUUCAAUCUAAGCUUAACAUACUCAGUGGGUUAGGCCUUACCUCAUCUGAUCUUGUUAGGAUCAUCCAUUGUCGCCCACGAUUUCUUAGUUGCCGUAUUAAUCAUUGCUUUGAUGAGAGAAUCCAUUAUUUUAUGACAUUGUUUGGGUCUAGGGAAGUGCUGCAUAAGGCCAUUAUCAGAAACCCAUCACUCUUGACAUAUGACUUGCACAAUAAGAUCAAACCUGUUGUUGCUCUGUACGAAGAAAUGGGUAUUGAUCGAGAGGACUUGAUUCCUAUGCUCCUAUCUCGACCUACAUUGAUUCCAAGAACCUCGUUUAACGAUGAGAAGAUGGAGUACAUACGAAAAACUGGGGUUUCCAAGUACUCCAAAAUGUUUAAGUAUGUGGCCACAAUAAUUGGCAUCUCACGGCUUGACACUAUCCGUGAAAAGGUAGCUAAUUUUGAGAAGUUUGGAUUUUCAGAUGAUAUAGUUUGGGGCCUUUUUGGACGCUCUCCUCUUAUUUUGACAUUAUCAGUUGAUAAGGUUCAGAGGAAUAUGACUUUUGUCUUGGCUACAAUGAAGCUUCCUGCAACCGUGGUCUUGGAGCAUCCCUUUUUGCUUUUCAAUAAUCUAGAGGCUGUUUUGAAACCUCGGUUUCUUCUUGCUGAGAAGAUAGAUGAAAUGAAUAUUCAGCCGCAAAUUAAAGGACCUACCAUGUUAACAGCACUGAGGAUGAAAGAAAAACGAUUCCUGAAAGCAUUCAUCACAUGUCACCCCGAAGAUGUUGUGAAUGACUUGAUGGAGUUCUACAAAAACGCCAAAUGCAUCAAACGACUAGCAGAAGCUUCGAAGAAAGUUGUGCAUAAGGGAUUUCCUUUUUGAUCAUUUUGCAUAUUGAAUGCAUCAAAUGCCACCCAUGCUAACAGCAAGGAGGAUGAAAGAGAAACAAUUCCUGAAAGCAUUCAUCCCAUGUCACCCAGAAGCUAUUGCCAAUGAGUUGAUGGAGUUCUACAAAAAUGCAAAGUGCAUCAAACAACUGC